AUGACAACAGACUUGAAAGACUACAAAGACGCACUCGGCCAGUCGCCCACCGCCCCUUCUCUCCGCCGGCUCGAGUCGGGCGGAAGCGAUCUCAGAGGCGUUGCCGGCGAUAUUGUCACAGAAAGAGAGCACCGGGAUCUGCUGAGAGGUCUUGCGCAGAGGCAUAUUUCCAUGAUUGCCUUGGCUGCAGGCUCCAUCGGUACUGGUCUCUUCUUGUCUUUGGGCAGUGCUAUCCAGAAUGCCGGUCCUCUAGGAUCUCUCUUGGGAUAUGGCUUCAUUGGCCUUAUUGUCUGCGCGGUACAAUUCGCGCUGGGAGAAGUCACCGCUCUUUUGCCCGUCAGCGGGUCGUUUGUCAGACAUGCUGAGUUCUUGACUGACCCAGCCUUGGGCUUCGCUUUGGGAUGGAACAUCGUCUAUGGAAACUGGCUCUCGGUUCCGUCCGAGAUCUCCGCUAUCUGUGUUCUGUUCCAGUACUGGACAGACCUCAGCUCCUCCGUCUUUAUCGUCAUCUUUAUCGUCCUCACCGCCUUUGUCGGUCUCAUCAACAUACGAUGGUACGGAGAGAUUGAGUUCUUCUUCGCCAUCAUCAAAAUCCUCCUCAUCAUCGGCCUCGUCCUUUUGGGCCUCAUCAUCGACUUGGGAGGUGUAUCGGGGGUGGAAAGGAUCGGUUUCCGAUACUGGAGAGACCCUGGGCCUUUGGUGGAGUACAUGGGUACUGGCAGCUGGGCCCGUUUCCUCGGCUUCUGGUCCGUCAUGAUCGGCGCCGUCUUCUCCUUUGCCGGUGUCGAGAGUGUCGCCAUGGCCGCUGCCGAGACCAAGAAUCCUCGUCAAGCCAUCCCCAAAGCCUGUAAACGCGUCUUUGCCCGAGUCUCCUUCUUCUACGUCCUCGCCGUUCUCAUCGUUGGUAUGCUUGUCCCCAGCAACGAUCCCGACCUCGGAGACGACUCUGGCACAGCCGCCACCUCGCCUUUCGUUCUCGCCGCUUCCGCUGCAGGCAUCAAAGCAAUCCCUUCUAUCGUCAACGCCGUCCUCAUCACUUCCGCUUUCAGCUCUUCCAACCAAGCUCUUCUGGCAGGAACCCGAGUCUUGUACGGUCUCGCCCUCAAGGAACAAGCCCCGCGCUUUUUCUUGCGUACCAACCGAUGGGGUACGCCAUACGUUUGCGUGGGGAUCUACAUUAUCUUUUCCUUCUUGGCCUUUAUGAGUCUUUCAGAGAACGCCUUGACAGUGUUUUACUGGCUUUUGGACCUUGUCGGAUGUGGCGUGCUCAUCUCGUGGAGCGCUGUUCUGGUAAACCACUUGAGGCUUUUAGCGGCGUUGAAGAAGCAAGAUAUUCCCAGAAGUGUCUUGCCUUGGAGCAACUGGUGGACUCCCUACUCUUCUGCCUUCGCCCUCUUCUUCUGCCUCGUCGUCCUCCUCACCAACGGCUGGGAAGUCUUCACACACGGCGGCUGGUCUCCUUCCGGCUUCAUCACGGCUUACCUUGAUAUCCCUCUCGUCCUCGCCGCCUACCUCAUCUGGAAGUUUUACAAAAAGACCAAAUAUGUACCCCUCUCCGAAAUCCCCAUUAGGCGGGUGUUGGAGAGUAUUGACACAGAGCCCGAGGAGAAGGAAGAGAGGCAGACAGGAUGGGUGAGGUGGGUUAGUUGGUUGUGGGAUUAG